AUGCCGACUCUAGCAGUCACCAACUUUAACAUAGUAGUCUCCUUCCUUGGUGGCUUCAUCAGCAUCUUUGGUCUGGUGUCGUACCUAUUGAAGGAGAACUUUUAUAUGUCCGAAGCCCUGAUAUCCCUUUUGGCUGGUGUGGCAUUUUCCCCUCAUGCCGCGAAUCUCAUACGGCCUGUGGAAUAUGCUCUUGGGAGCGAGGACAAUGUCAAUGCUAUCACGCUCGCAUUCUCGCGCCUGGUACUCGGGGUCCAGCUAGUUCUAGCUGGAAUUCAAUUGCCAAGUCGCUACCUUAAGAAAGAAUGGAGAUCUCUCAGUCUUCUCCUAGGUCCUGUCAUGACAGUCAUGUGGUUGAUCACCAGCCUCUUGAUUUGGGGUUUCGUACCCAACCUGCCCUUCCUCCAUGCUCUCGCCAUCGGCGCUUGUGUGACCCCUACCGAUCCUGUUCUUUCCAACGUUAUUGUCAAGGGAAAGUUUGCAGAUAGCAAUGUGCCCAAGGAGCUGCAGAAAAUCAUCAUUGCCGAAUCUGGCGCCAAUGACGGACUUGGCUAUCCCUUUCUCUUCUUUGCUCUGUACCUGAUCAAGUACAUUGGCGAUGGUGGCCAGGCUGAGUCAGGAGGUGCAGGUCUCGCCAUGGGCCUCUGGUUUGGCGAGACUUGGGGUUACACCAUUAUUCUCAGCGUCAUCUAUGGUGCUGUUGUCGGCUGGCUGGCAAAGGAACUUUUGCAUUAUGCAGAGAGUCGCAAAUGGGUUGAUCGUGAGAGCUUCCUCGUCUUUGCAAUUUCGCUCUCCCUCUUCAUUGUGGGAACUUGUGGAAUGAUUGGGAGUGACGAUGUUUUGGCAUGUUUCAUUGCUGGUAACUCCUUCACUUGGGAUGAUUGGUUUCGUCUUGAGACGCUGGAUGAGGUGAGUAGAGGAGACUUUGCUUCUUCAUUACAACCCACCAUUGAUAUGCUUCUAAACGUCACCAUAUUCCUGUGGUACGGUGCUGUGUGUCCUUGGACAAUCUUCGCGCACAACAAUGUCAUCCCAAUAUACAGGCUGAUCCCCCUAGGCAUUCUCAUCUUGUUGCUCAGGAGACCCCCGAUCAUUCUCGGCACUCGUAAAUGGAUACGACAGCUUCAAGAUUUCCGAGAGUCACUCUUCAUGGGCUUUUUUGGACCAGUGGGAGUUUCUGGCAUCUUCUACCUCUAUGUGACAUUGGACUUUCUUGACACAUUAAAGGUGGGAGAUGAACAGAGGUCUGAUGUUGCCAACAUGGGUGAGACUGUCACUGUGAUUGUAUGGUUUGUUGCCAUAUGUAGUGUGGUCGUCCAUGGUCUGAGCAUCCCACUGGGCAAACUCGGCUUCUAUCUGCCCAGAACUAUUUCGCGCAGCUUGACCUUGGACAACCAGCAGCCCGACGCUAACCCGUCUUUCAACUUUCGUGGCCGUGCGAGUGCGUUUCUGCCCUCGUUCCAGUCCCGGUCACGAGGCGGCACGGAACCUAGCUCACCCAGCGCCUCGCGGUCUGCUUCGGCACGUCCCAUCCAUAGAAUCGGUGGGACUGUAAUCAAAGAUAACCGUCAGACUGGUGGUGACGAUACACAAACAUUUGUGCCCGCGUCGAGAUUCGAGGUCAUAGGUUACGGGUCAACCCAUGAAAAUCAACCGCAGUCCCCUGGGCUACCAAACAGGACGAUUCGGUUUGGAGACGAAGGCCGAACCAAUUCCGAGGCGCCAUCGGCUAGCUAG